AUGAACCCUGAGCAAUUAUCAUCACAUCAAAAGUCAGUACAGAUACGACUACAAAAAGAGCAGCAGCAGCGGCAGCAGCAGCUCCAACAACAACAACAACAGCAUGCGCUAUCGCACAACUUUCCAGGCUCCGAUCAUGAUCCUCAAUACUCCCAGUAUCAACAACCUACAAACUUUGCAUCUUUUCAGGCACAGCCCGAAUACCUUCCAGAACAACUUUCUGAACAACCGUAUACCCUACCAAUAAACCCUUCAAAUGCACAGUCUCAACGCCUACCUUCCUCGUCACAGUCGUUGGGUCAACCACCCUUUUUUGGCGGCUAUUCACAACCUGCAUAUCUCACUCAAGAGAGUGUCAAUCUAAGCAUGCCCCUGUCACAACAUACAAGUUAUAGAAGUGCUGGACAAUACAGCAACCCUGCAUUUCAAUCAUCGGAUCAGAGUAGUUACGGUUCUUCAUCACAAUUUUCUCAACUGAGUCAACUUCAACUACAGAGGAUGGAACAAGGCGAGCAGAUACAGCAAACUACACACAUGCCCCUACAGUUCCCAGCACGAUACGAGCCCUCCGUGGGUCAGUCAUCAACCAUCCCCACGAUAGAGCCACAUCAACAAACUCAAUAUGGUCAGACAACUACGGCAUCCCUGUCGUUAUUGCGAAAACAAGACAACCCCGUGCUACAGCCGGAUUUGCUACAAGAAGAGACAACUAAAUCCAAACCUCCGGCGCACCUUAGACGACAUCGAAGAAACAAUUCGUCUAUUUCAUCUGUUCUUCACUCGACUGCUUAUGAAGAGGAAUUAAAGAAAAUGGCAAUGGCAAAGGUGAGCAUGCCCUUGCCAGAAAUAGCACGACGCAUAAAGCAGCAGGAAUUUGACACGACUGCCCCGUUAACUCUGCAUUCAGCAGCAACUCUGGAAGGAUCAUCCUCAUCACCCCUUCUGUCAUCACAAUCUUCAGCACUUGAAAAAGCUCAAAACAGCAAAGAAACACAGCGACUGGUCUUUGGCAUGGUUUGGCUUUUAACAGCUUGUGAGGUAUCACCCACAGCAGUGAUCCCUCGUACUAGGAUAUACGCCAGAUAUGUUCAGAUCUGUGCCGAUAACAGUCUAUCGCCUCUCUCUCCAGCUAGCUUUGGGAAAUUGGUGAGAAUACUAUAUCCAACGAUAACUACUCGAAGAUUGGGAAUGAGAGGGCAGCUGAAAUAUCACUAUUGCGGGAUUCGAUUAAAGGGUGAGCAAAGUAUGCAGCAGCAGUUGAUGCAGAGACAGCAACUUCAACAGAACCAAUUUCUUAGGAGAGGAGUGCAAGCACUGGAAUCGCAAGUUUCUGGGGAAGGUAACUGGCAAUCACGUCUUCAGUCACCUGCUCGGCUCGGUAUUAGUUCUGCUUCUGUGGAACAGUCUCCGUUGUCCACAAGAUCCUCAGUCUCGUACGAAGAAUCCCCACAGUCAGCAUUCGGUACAAACACCCCAACAUAUAGUCCCAUAAACUCGCCACUGGUACUUGCAUCAGCAUCUAACAUCGGCGAUCAGUUACCGCUGGUUUCGCAUUUACAGUACGUUCCCGGUUUGUUUAAACUCUUGGGGAUGGAGUCUGUGGCGCCAAAAUCAUACCCAUUUACCACUAUUGAACUACCGUCGAUAUAUUCGUAUUUGCCUCAAGAUACUGAUCGUGAUGUUGCUGAUACAUUGGCUUCGUUAUAUAAAGUCCAUGUCAACACUGUGUUUGAAUCACUUCGCUUCAUGCAGUUGAAACGGUUGUUCUCAUGUUUCAACAACUUCAAUAGCAUCUUGUCCACUUCGGUUUCCAAAUUGUACGCAGCUGAACCAGUUUUGGAGUGGGUCCAGAAAUGCGAUUUGCUAAUGUAUAAAAAGAUGAUUCGCAUGUUGAGCAAACUCCAUAUGCAAUACAUGAUGCCCCAGGAUAAUCUCAACCAACUAAAGACGAUAGCAUCAACCUACACUCGAACCUUGACCAAUUCUAUUGUCCACUCGCAAAACUCAAAGAGCUUUAUCUCCAUGAAGUUGAAAAUGGCCAAACGUUUUGUCAGCAUACUCAAUAGAUUAAUCAAAGUCAUAGACACGGGGUCUACAGCAUCGAGGAUAUUGAAUGACGAUAAUGAAAAGCAAGCAAUGUUGGAAGACUGGCAGAAAUUAGACCUUGCUGAUUUGGUGUCAAGGGAUGUACCAUGUACUUCUGAAGCAAACUUAAACACCUUGAUAUUUAUAUUGAAGGAGGAAGUAGUCAAGAUGCUUGAAAUGACAUUGGAAACAGAAGGAGGCUCACUUAUGCAAUCUUAUGCUGAUUUCAUUAGUGCCUUGCCUUCCCGGCUCCCGGGAAUCAACCCUCGAAUGUUUUUAUUGCUAUCAUCAAACUUGUUGACUUCUAUUUUACGAGAAAUAAGCCUCAAUAGCGGGGAUGGAUUUGGAGCAUGGUGGGUGGUUAGAUGCUGGCUCGAUGAAUACUUGGCGUGGAUCAUGGAGGUUGGAGGGUUUUUCGAGGAUGAGUUACGGGGGUAUACAGAGGAACCAAGGCAAUCGGUUGCAGAGUCACUGAAACUGGAAGAAAUAUUUUCGGUACCACCUGUUGGUGAAUCUGGAGCUCAAGAGGAAGAGGAGUACACCUUGAGUGGAGAAACUUCGAUUGAUCUACUAGGGUGA